AUGGAUGAAGUAAACUCUCAUGUGCUUUACCUACCUCCUGAUAAUGUCACCAAUUUUUGGUUUUAUGCUGUCCUUGCAGCAAUGAUAAUUUUCUCAUAUUUUGUCGUGAGAGGGAUUAGAGAGAUUUAUUUUGAAACAAUAACCCCAAAUUUAUGUCGUGUUCACCAAUCACAUAAGCCAACAAGUUAUGGUUCUGAUGAGAAUGGAACGAGAACUGGUCCACACUCAUGA